UGUUUACAAGUGUUUAUACUGUGUAUUAUUACGAAUAUAUGCUUAGUGAAAUAAAACGAUAGUUGAUAAUAAUCGUUACAAUAUGCAUGAAUCAUAUAGAGCAACAUCCCUGUUAAAACACAAUGGUCAAAUUGAAUGUAUCAGCUCUUAUAAUGAUAACUUAUUGGUUGGUACAAGGCAAGGACACUUGCUUAUGUACAACAUUGUGAAUACUGCAGAUGAUAAACUUGAUAUUCAAUUAAUGAGAUAUAAUAAAACAUUUAGUAAAAAACCAAUUCUACAGUUGGAAGUUAUCCCUGAAUAUAAUAUUUUGAUUUCGCUGACAGAUAAUAUUGUACAAGUGCACAACAUUUCUGCAUUUAACUUCCCAAUAAUAGAAGUUUUAUCUAAGACAAAAGGAGCAACAUUGUUUAUAGUUGAUGUUGUUCAAGGUGUUUCAACAAAAUCAUACAACAUUUGCAUUGUUGUCAAAAGAAAAUUGCAACUUUAUUUCUGGGAUUCUAUGAAGCAAACAUUUACAAAGUUACAUGAUGAUAUUAAUUUAAUUGAAGUUCCUAAAACUAUUGGAUGGUGCCAGGGGACUGUGUGUGUUGGAUAUAAAGGAGAAUAUAUUUGCUAUGAAUUAAAUGGAAAACCUAAACCAUUAUUUCCGACUAGUAGUAACAGAACGACGGACCCGUGUAUAGUUAAAUAUUCGGAAACUACUUUUGCGUUGCUUAGAGAGGAUCAAACGGUUUUGGUUAACGACCAGGGAGAUGCAGAAAUUACCAAAUUGAUAAAAUGGUCUGAUGUGCCCAUCUCUAUUAUAUGGGAUAAACCUUACUUUUUGGCUGUACUGGCAGAUUCAAUAGACGUUCAAACUUUUGAUGAUGGUUUAAUACAAACUAUAGGCGAUUUGCCGAAAGUACGGUUUAUUUGUAAAUCAAAACAGGGAUUGCUGUAUACUGCUUCUAUAAGUCAGGUUUGGGUUUUACAAGCGGUAGACAUACCAACGCAAAGGAAAGCUCUGUUGGAAAAUAAGCAGUUUAAAUUGGCACUAAAACUGACGGCAAUUUACGAUGAAACCAAAGAGGAAAAAACUGAAAUUAUUAAUCACAUUCAAACGCUAUUAGCGUACGAUUUAUUCUCCAAGAAGCGGUUUCGUGAAAGUAUGAAGGAAUUUAUAAAAUUGCGUACAAAUCCGUCCGACGUGAUUAGAUUGUUCCCCGACUUACUUCCAAACCAGAUUGAAAAUAAUGAAUCAUCAUUUACCGAACGCGAAUGGGAAGAUGGCAUUCAAGCGUUAGUAGAAUAUUUAACUGAUGUUCGUUUACAAUACCACGUGCAAGAACAGGAAAAAGAUAAAAAGAAAGCGGAAAAUAAAAAUGCAAAUAUGAAUGAUCAAGCUGAUAAGGCGAAUCAACAGUUCUUACAAAUUAUUGAUACUACUUUAUUAAAAUGUUACAUUCGUACAAAUGAUGCUCUUGUAGCUCCACUAUUAAGAUCAAACCAUUGCCACUUGGCAGAAGCAGAGAAAACUUUGAAAAAGUACAACAAAGACAAUGAGCUUAUCAUUUUGUAUGAAACCAAGAAUCAGCACAGGCGUGCUUUAGAGUUAUUACAAAGUAAAGGGAACGUGGAGAAAACAGUCAAAUAUUUGCAACGUUUAGGUACAAAACAUAUAGGGCUUAUCUUAGAAUUUGCAGAUUGGGUGCUUUCCGGUUUUCCAGAGGAAGCGUUAAAGAUAUUCACUGAUGAUCUAUCAGAAGUGGAAAAUCUACCAAGGCCACGCGUUUUGGAUUAUCUGUUAAGAUCACAUCCAAACUUAGUUAUACCAUAUUUGGAAUACGUAGUGCAUACAUGGGCAGACUCGAAUCCGCUUUUCCAUAAUGCUCUUAUACAUAAAUAUCGAGAGACGUCUAUGUCGAGUGAUCCAGGUGCACGUAUCGCCAAAAAGAAGUUAUUAGAGUUUCUAGUCACCUCCAAAUAUUAUAAACCAGACGUCGUUUUGGUUCAUUUUCCCGCCGAGAGUUUGCUGGAUGAAAGAGCAAUAAUUCUUGGGAAAAUUGGUCAGCAUGAACAGGUUCUUGUAAUCUACGUCAGAGCGAUGGGAGACGUAGACAAGGCCGUAAAUUAUUGCAAUACAUUGUAUGAUAACAAAGUGCCUGGCUGCGAAAAUGUAUAUGUUUCGCUUAUAAAAUUGUUAUUGGAUCCAAAUAGUUUAACGUCAGACCUAUCCGAUGUUACGCUGUCCCCGAAAACUGCACAACCUGAUGUUGAUACAGCAUUGCAGCUUCUCGAAACCUAUGCAUUUAGAGUGAAUUCUUUAAAUUGUUUAAAUAUCUUGCCGGAUAAUUUACCCAUCUCGAGAAUAUCGCGUUUUCUGCAAAUAGCUUUACACGAAUCAAUAAAAGAACGCAGAAGAAUGCAAUUGUUGAAGGGUCUUCUGUACGCAGAGCACUUGCAAUGCAGAGAAUUGCGAUUGCGUUUGGAAAGCCAGAGCACAUUAAUUACAAAUUUAAAUAUUUGUCCAGUCUGCAAAAAGCGGUUUUCAAAUCAAAGUGCACUAGUGCGUUACACCAAUGGCGAUGUCGUACAUUAUUCAUGCCAAGAUAGAAAAAUGUGAUAAGAUUUAAAUGAAACAAAAUAUAUUUAAAAUAAUGUAAUCCGCUUAUUGAAUAAAAUAACAUUUA